AUGUCUUCCAAGUCAAAGUUAAAACAGCCCUCCUUUAAAGCAGUCUCGGCCUCAGACGAAAUAAAAUACCGACGUAAAUACAAAGAGCUGAAAAAAAAGAUCAGAGAGAUGGAAGAGGACAAUGAGAAAAUAACAUUAAAGUUGACAAGAGCCAAGAAGAACAUACAAAGACUACGAAUAGAGCGAAGUUUUCUCUUCGAACGCCUUGAGCAGACUCAACCUUUGAAUGAUUCUGAAUCAGAGCAGUCGUCUCGCGCACUACAAGUUGAAUCUGAAGAUGAUUUGAGUUCGGUUAGUAGUAAAGAGGAUGAUACGGGUGUGAAGAGGGGUGAUGGUGUAGAACAUAAGGAUUUGGUCGAGUUUACGGAAAAGCCGUUACAAGAUGCAUCGCAAACAGAAGAAGGGACAGCGGAAGAAGUGCCAACUGGAGGAAAUAAUAAACGAAGACGCGCACACAAAGACCCCAACGCACCUAAACGUCCGCGAAAUGCUUUCUUGAUGUACUGUCAGAUUGAGCGCGAACAAGCUAAAGAGGAAAACGCUAAUAAGGGGUUUCAGGACGUCACGAGGAUCCUCAGUCAAAGAUGGAAAGAUCUGGUGCCGGAAGAAAAAAAGAAAUAUUUUGACAUGUAUAACAAAGAAAAACAACGUUAUGAACGUGAAAUGUCUUCUUACGUUGGCUCCUCAUACGUCUCACCGCAAUCGCUUCCCAACGACGACAAAGUCAAAUCUGAAACUGAAAUUGAAGUCAAGCGUGAACCCGAAGUUUCGGACUUUGCAUCAUCCACUAAUUAUCUUGAUAACAACACAAACGAAGAUGAAGUUGAUAACGAUAAUGAGCAAGACAAUGAUAAUAGGGACGAUCCGGUGGAUGAUGACGACGAAAUGAGUGAGGAGGUUGAUGAGUUGAGAGAGGAUUUGGUGGAUGGUGAGGAGGAAAUGCGGGAGAGAGAAUUAGAGAGUGGUGCUGAGGGAGCGAUGGAUGAGGAUGAGACUCUUAGUGAUAUUGAUGAGGUGGAAUAUUAG